AAGCUCUGACGACAGAGCCCGGCCUUUCCCGACUCGCUUCGUUCUGCUUGUCCUUCCCCCCUCUGCCCACUUACGUUUGGAACUCAGGCGGCGCAGCGCGCUAAACACAACACUUGACAGCUGUGACCGACUCACAACCGAAGAGGGAAAGAUGGAGCACAGAGACACCGACUUCAAUAUACUGUUAGCGACCGACUCAUACAAGGUGACACAUUACAAACAGUACCCCCCCAACACGAGUAAAGUCUACUCCUACUUUGAGUGUCGGGAGAAAAGGACAGAUCCCACCAAAACAAGAAAAGUCAAAUACGAUCAAACCGUCUUUUAUGGGCUACAGUACAUUCUCCACAAAUAUCUAAAAGGAAAGGUGGUGACACCAGAGAAGAUCCAGGAGGCCAAAGAGGUUUACAGAGAACACUUUCAGGAUGAUGUUUUCAAUCAGAAAGGCUGGAAUUACAUUUUGGAGAAAUACAACGGUCACCUGCCAAUUGAAAUCAAAGCGGUGCCAGAAGGAAGCGUCAUCCCUCGAGGAAACGUCCUGUUCACAGUGGAGAGCACGGACCCCGAAUGCUACUGGCUCACGAACUGGGUGGAGACCAUCCUGGUUCAAAUCUGGUACCCCAUCACCGUGGCAACCAACUCCAGAGAGCAGAAGAAGAUCCUGGCAAAGUACCUCCUGGAAACGUCUGGAAACUUGGAAAAACUGGAGUACAAACUGCACGACUUUGGCUACCGGGGUGUGUCGUCACAAGAGACUGCUGGCAUCGGAGCGUCAGCCCAUCUGGUGAACUUUAAAGGCACAGACACAGUUGCUGGGAUUGGAGUCAUUAAGAAGUACUAUGGCACCAAAGAUCCGGUGCCGGGAUUCUCAGUACCUGCUGCUGAGCACAGCACAAUCACAGCAUGGGGGAAGGAUCACGAGAAAGACGCCUUUGAACACAUCAUCAAGCAGUUCCCCAGCGUGCCCGUGUCCAUAGUUAGCGACAGCUACGACAUCUACAACGCCUGCGAGAAGAUCUGGGGGGAGGACCUCCGCGGACUGAUCGAAACUCGCAGCGCGGACGCUCCGCUGGUUGUGCGGCCAGAUUCAGGAAACCCGCUCGAUACGGUUCUAAAGGUUUUGGAGAUUCUGGGUAAAAAGUUUCCUCCUAAGGAGAACUCCAAAGGCUUUAAGGUUCUCCCUCCUUACAUCCGAGUCAUUCAAGGGGACGGAGUGGAUAUCAACACAUUGCAAGAGAUAGUGGAGGGCAUGAAGCAACACCGGUGGUCCAUCGAGAACAUCGCCUUCGGCUCUGGAGGAGCUUUAUUGCAGAAACUGACCAGAGAUCUGCUCAACUGCUCCUUCAAGUGCAGCUAUGUGGUCACGAACGGACUCGGGGUGAAUGUGUUCAAAGAUCCGGUGGCGGACCCUAACAAGAGAUCCAAAAAAGGUCGCCUGUCUUUGCACCGAACGCAGAGCGGGGACUUCGUCACCCUGGAGGAGGGCAAAGGCGACCUGGAGGAAUACGGCGAGGAUUUGUUGCACACAGUCUUCAGGAACGGGAAGAUCGUGAAGACCUACACGUUCGACGAAGUCAGAGACAAUGCUAAGCUGAAAGACGGCGAGCUUGAAGAGCUGCUACACUGAGGGGCGGUCUGCGUCGACACCAGACUCCCAAAAAAAACAACACCCCCUCUUUCCUUUCAAAUCCUCACCUUCUUGCCUCCACUGUCAUCCAGAAAACGGAGGUGUGUGCACUGCUAAAAAACGAAAAUAGAAGCCCCCGUAUUCGGUACUCCCGGAGUUUUUAUUUGUGGUUUCAAAAACCCAUUUGGAUGAAGAAGAAAUGUAGAAGUUUGCACAUUCGACCGUUGAUAGGGGGCGAUAAAAAAAAAGAAAAGAAAAGAACAGUGCGAGCUUGAGGUGUUUUUAGCAUCCGAAUGUGUACAGAAAGUCCUGAAGUUGAUGCUAACGGCGCAAACUCAAGUUCCUGUUCUUCUUAACUGAAAGUACUUCCAUGAAUGUGCAAAAUCAGGCCGCCGCAGACUCCAGAACCCGGGUUAAACGCGACAGGAAGCCACCCCCACUCUCUGCCGUUCGCUGUCCAAGUAUUCUGUACAGAGCCGACGAGGAAAACACAACCUCGUUUUGUCAACGUAGCUUCGUCUUUUGUGUGAAGGAUGGCAGUAAACGUCUGUGCACUGAUAACACUGACAGUCGAUGUGCUUCAGUCCUGUAGAUCACAAACAUGUCAACUGUAAUUAUAUUGAUAAUGAACAUUUUUAUUUUAUUAUUUUUUUUCCACAUUUGUUGAUUUUAUUUUGAAAUUGUCGCCCAAAUUAGAAAAGCUUUAGCAUGUACUUCCUGUCCGGUGUGUUCUGCUCGUUGAGAUGUGAUUCGCUCACCUCCGAAGUAAUAGAAAUAGUCUUCUCGCUGCCAUGAAUACGUCUAAAGCCCAUCGGAUCAUGAAGGUCCAGUCCAGAGUCCGGCAGAACACACAACCUUCAAUCAAAGAUGGGUUUAUCUCUUCACAGUGGAUGGAAACCUUUUAUUUUUCUGUGUAAAACCAAAAAAAAAAAAAAAAAAAAAGUUGUCACACAAGUCAUCUUCACCAAAUCAAAGAUCAUUUAUGAAAGAUUGCGUAAUCGAUGUAUCUGCUGGGCUGAGAUGUGUGUUAAAUGUUGUUUGCGUGCGUGAUUUUACAUUUUUUGUCGUGUUCCUUUAUGCAAAGGCGUUUGCUUUCAAACGGACGAGCUUCACCUUCCUGACCUGACGCCGACCUCCACCAAAUUGUGUAGUUCCCCUCCCGUCUGUGUCACUGCCUUAAAAGCUAAAUUCAUUUCCCCCUCUAAAUCCAGGUUUUAAAAGUAGGUUUUUUAGAAUAAAAGAGCAUUUAUUUGAAGCCAUCAGUAAAAUUUCAAGUGUGCCAACUUCUAGAUAUAUAACCCCUAAUAAUAAUUCUCCUGUAAAAGCCAUCACCUUUUUAUGUGUUUACCUUUCAUUUAGAAAUCUGAAGGAUUUCAGUAGGUUGAUUUACGGACGAAACAAACUUUUAAAUCUGUUUUUACCUAAAGGUUCAGGCUGCUCUGAUGAGCCGCUACAUUUUCGGGGUUUUUUGCCUUAUUUUAUCAAAGUUUCCCCAUCAGCAGUCUUAUAUCCGUUCUGUUCUUUCAGAUGUUUCACUGCAUCCUCGUUUUUAUCCUCCCAAUUCUAAGGUGCGUUAGUAUAACUUUAUUUUACUAUUUUAUACUGUUUCAGUUCUUACCUCAGAGAAAUAUUAUUUUUUAUCACAAAGAGUAAAAAAAAAAAGGAUAAAACAUGCCAGAUGUGUUGCAGUAAGUCUUUACAAUGCGGCCAUACUGCCUUCUCACAUGCACAGUAGAAAUAAAGUCCAGACUGCAGGUUAGUGAGAUGACCACAUUUGAUAAUAGUUGUUUUUUUUUUAUUUUAUUUUAUUUUCUCCAAACGACCGAUUUUGUACCAGCAGGAGAGAGCCUAAAACUGCUCGACUGACCUGGCAGCUUGACUGUUUCUCGUGACGGUCAAGCUCUUAGCUUCUCUGUGUGUAGUCCUGUGUGAAUGCCUUGUGUGUAAUGAUUGAAAAUUGUAAUUUUUUUUCUUUACGUUAAUGUUUGAAUCGUAUGUAUAUGUUGGUUCCAGAUUCUCUUCCAAUACAACUGAUAUUUUAACUAACAUAACUUGCUAUAUUGUCAAUACUCUGAUUAAAGAUGCCACCCUGUCAGUUUGA